AUGAUCCAUGUGGCAGAUGAGGAGUAUUAUUUCAAACUUGUGGCUGUGAAUGAGCGAGGUAGUUAUGUCUCAAUAUUCGACGGAAAGACGGAGUACAGGGUUGGGAGCGCGAUGUCCCAGGAAGUAAAGGCUGGCCAUGGCGGAGGUUUUUACGUUUGCGAAUCCUUACUUGACCUCCUCAAACUCGGGCCACUACCCACACGAUCUGCAAUGCUACAUGCGCCAUGGGCGGUAUGCUUGCUGUCAACCGGUCGUGUGCUGCUGAUAAUGGUCGUUUGA